UUGGAAAAGAGGUUUGCCAGACAGGGCCGAUUGAAGAUCAACCAUAAAGAUCCCAACUUUUUAUAGAAUCAAACUAUUAUUCACUCAUUCACUCCUGAACGUCCACUGGUGGCUGCCGGCUGAAGUCAAAGCGCCGCCAAAUGAAAAGGAAACCUGACGAUCCUUCAGGGAAGCCCGCUGUUGGCAACUUACAUUAAUAUAAACCUACGAGUUCACAGGUCUGUGAGAUUACUGUAUCAUGGCGCAAGGAGCAGGAUCUUCUUCCGUCACCCGCAGAUGGAGUUAUGAUGUGUUUUUAAGCUUUCGGGGGGAAGAUACUCGCCUGACUUUCGUCGGUCAUCUCUAUGAGUCUCUUCGUCAAAGAGGGAUUCGGACCUUCAUUGAUGAUGAAUCCCUUGAUGCAGGCAAAGAAAUCCGACCAUCUCUUUCUGAAGCCAUCAAGGAAUCCAGGAUGGCUAUCAUACUUUUCUCCCAAAACUAUGCAACCUCAACCUUCUGUCUGGAUGAACUUGUCCAGAUUAUUGAGUGUUUCAAAGAAGAAAGUCGGAUGGUAUAUUCAGUGUUUUAUCAUGUGGAUCCAUCAGAUGUGCGACAUCAGAGAGGGUGUUAUGGACAAGCUUUGGCUGAUCUGCAGAACAGAUUGGAGGGAAAGGAUGUGAAGUUGCAAAAGUGGAGGUGGGCUUUGACUCAAGCAGCUGACUUGUCAGGCUGGCAUUUUCAACCUGGGAUUACAAAAGAACAGGAGCAUAUUAAGAUGAUUACUCGUGAAGUCUCUGCCAAGAUUAAUCACACUCUUUUAGAAGUUGUGGAUUAUCCAGUUGGCCUUGAGUUUCGGGGGAAAGAAGUAAUCUCACUUCUAGAUCUUGGGUCCAACAAAAACCCACUGAUGAUUGGAAUUUGUGGCAUUGGUGGGAUAGGUAAAUCGACAAUUGCAAGAGCCGUGUAUAACUCAGUUGCUGAUAAUUUUGAUGGUUUGUGUUUUCUUUCUAAUGUUAGAGAAAUUUCUUACAAGCAUGGCUUGUCACAUCUUCAAGAGACAUUACUUCAUAAAUUGGUGAGGGUGAAGGAACUCAAAUUGGGUGAUUUCUAUGAAGGAAUUUCAAUAAUAAAGAAUAGGCUCCAAAACAAGAAGAUUCUUUUAAUUCUUGAUGAUGUUGACAAAGUGGAGCAAUUACGAGCAUUAGCUGGAAGCUGUGAAUGGUUUGGCCUAGGAAGCAGAAUCAUUAUCACGACAAGGGAUAAACAGUUGCUAGCAAGUCGGGGAAUUCAAAGAAUUUAUGAUGUCAAGGGGUUAAGUGAUGAUGAAUCUCUUCGGUUAAUUAAAAGGCAUGGCUUUAAAGGGCUUACGGGGGAUUUAGAUAAUUACAUGGAUGUUCUGAAUCGUGCCAUAAAAUAUUCAUGUGGCCUUCCAUUAGCCUUGGAAAUGAUUGGCUCUAACUUGUGUGAUAAAAGAGUUGAUGAAUGGACUUCUGCAUUAGAUGAAUAUGAAAGAAUACCUGAUAAAGACGUUUUUAAAGUCCUUAAAUUAAGCUAUGAUGCUUUAAGCAGAGAACAGCAUAAGGAAAUUUUUCUUGACUUGGCCUGUUUCUUUAAUGGUGAGAAGUUGGGAGACGUCAUAAAUAUGAUGAUGAGUUUUCGUGGUGUUGAACCAACACAUGCCAUUAAUGUGUUGACAGAUAAAUCUCUAAUAAAGAUUAAAGAAGAUCGUGUGAUAAUGCAUGACUUGAUUGAAGAUAUGGGUAAGGAAAUUGUUCGGCAACAAUCACGAAAAGAGCCUGGGAAACGCAACAGGUUAUGGUGUUAUGAAGACAUUAUUGAUGUGUUGCAAAAUAACACGGGCACUGAUGAAGUUGAAGUCAUGAUUCUUGACUCACCCAAAGAUAAAGAAAUCCAAUGGAAUGGCAAGGCAUUCAUGAAAAUGAAGAAGCUCAAAGUGCUUGUCAUAAAGAAUGCAAGCUUUUCUAAAGGCAUCAAAUAUCUCCCAAAUAGUCUCUGCGUGUUAGAAUGGAAGGGGUACCCUUUUGAGUUUUUGCCAUCUAAUUUUCAUCCAAAAAAACUCGUCCAUCUUGAUUUGUCCAAUAGUUGUGUGGUGCUCCUACCUUUUAAUAAGAAAUUGGAGAGUUUAAGUUGCAUGAAUUUUAGCAACUGUAAAUCCUUGAGCCAAUUACCAAACCUGUCGGGAGUUCCUAAUUUAACAGAAUUGUGGCUUGAUGGUUGUACAAACUUAAUUGAAAUCCAUGAUUCCCUUGGAUUCUUGGGUAAACUCAAAAGAUUGAGUGCUAUGCGAUGCAAAAACUUGAGGACUUUGCCUCCUAGUAUUAAGCUAAUAUCACUUGAAGAUCUAAAUCUCUUUCGUUGUUCAAGUCUUCAAAGUUUUCCUGAGAUAUUAGACAAGAUGGAGAAGUUGAAGGCACUUGAUUUGGAGAGUACGGGCAUUGCAAUACUGCCAUCUUCAAUCUGCAACCUCGUUGGGCUUGAAACCUUAAACAUGGAGGCGUGCCCUAAUCUUAAGCAAUUACCAGCUAGUAUUUGUAAGUUGCCAAAACUAUUGGAACUAUCAACAAAUUUUUGUGAAGGGAUGAAGCAUUUCAGGAAAUGCGAAGGUGAAAAAGAAGCAAGCUUAGACAGCGCAACCAUUUCGACCAAAGAGAUAGAGAAAGAAUGCAACUUAGCCUUGUCUUCAAGAAGACAUUUCUGUUUCUCAAAUUGCAACUUAACAAAUGACUCUCUUGCUCUUUGUGUCUCUCGUAUUCCUGACGUUGUACAGUUAGAUUUAAGGUUUAAUAGUUUCACAACUCUCCCAGCAUGCAUAGAAGAAUGUGAGAAUUUAAGGUAUCUUUUCUUGGAUCAUUGUGUGCAAUUGCAAAAAAUUGUGAGGAUGCCACCAAAAUUGGAAGCAUUCAGGGCCAUAGGUUGCACUUCUUUGUCUAAGUCAUCCAAAAAAAGAGUAUUGGAUCAGGCAUUCUACUUUGGAAAUGGGAAAAGAAACUUUAUCUUGCCAGGAAAAAGAAUCCCUCAAUGGCUUGACUAUUAUAGUCGAGGAAGCUCCGUGUCUUUUUGGAUUCGUGAUAAGGUCCCAAAAUUUGCUCUUUGGUUUCUUUUUGAAAAUGACCCAGUUGGUCCUUACAAAUGUGUAUUCUCAAUGCACAUCAAUGAUACCAAGUUACAUAUUUCUUCUGGGUGGCUUUCAAAAUCAGUUAUACUGGCCAAUCAUAUAUACAUAUGUGAUAUGGAAAGCAUAAUUGAGAAGGUUAGACCCCGUCUUGCAAAUGGAUGGAAUCAUGUGAGGGUUUCAAUCAAGAGCAAAGCACGAAAGAUAAAAAUGGAAAAAGAAAUUUCUAUAGCAGUUCAUGUAUACAGGCAACAAAAUGACUUGGAAAAUAUUCGAUUCAAGGACACUAGAAUACACCUUGAUUGCAACUCGUGGCAAAAGAAACAACCACCACCUCAAGAUUGGGGAGAGCUCGAAGAUGAAAUCAAUGAGGAUUCAAAUUCAACAAAAUUUGCAGAGUCAAUCCAAAAAAUCACGCCUUAUCAAGCAGAACCCAUGAGUGCUGACCUUGUGAGUGGAGCGUUUGAUUGGCUGGCGCAAGGAGCAGGAACUUCUUCUAUCGCCUGCAUGCAAGGAGCAAGAGCCGUCUUCAGCUUGUGGGCAGAUCCCCGCUCCUGUUUCAGGGGUGAUCUCUACCCAUUUCUUAGUGGAGGCGUGAUUCGUCUCUUCGUUCCUGACAUCCUCAACUCAGACGAAGAAACCCAACUGUUCCCUUCCAGACGCAUCAAGGAAACCAUGAUGGCCAUCACGGUUUUCUCCAAAAUCUAUGCAACCUCAACCAUCUGUGUGGAUGAAAUUGUCCAGAUUAUGAAGUAUUUUGAAAAAGAAAGUCGGCGGCUAUCUUCAAUGUUUUAUUAUGUGGAUCCAUCAGAGUUGCCACCUCAGACAGCUCGUCACGGACGAGCUCUUCCUAAUUUGCGCAAAAUAUCGGAUGAGAUUUAUCAUCGUUGGCUUUGGUUGCGUGAAGAAGCUAAGGAGUCACGCAGGCUUCGAUUCGUGCGUCGCUUUGCAUCGCUGGCCAUCAUCGCCAUGUUGUGGGAUUCAGUUUCGGAGAUGGUCUUUAACCGGAAGCGAUAGCGGAGUAGGCAUCGAGGGAGGAGAGGAGAGAAAGGGCAGGGCAGUUGGAAUCAGAGAGGGUCAU